CCACCACUUGAAAACCCUAUGCACUCCCUCCCACCCCCGGCCGCCGCCUCUCUCCCCAUCCUCCUCCUCCUCCGCCGCCGCCGCCGUCGGGAAGUACACCUGUGCUCUGGUUCCGGCGACACCGCGAGCGAGGAGAGGAGAGGUGGGGGUGAGGGAGUGAGGGUGAGGCCGGGGUUGGGCACCACCAGCAAGCCAGCCAGCCCCCCCGUCCCCUUAGAUCCGGGCCGGGCGUUCUCCGGCGAUCUCACGGCCAUGGCGUCCCGCCGCCUCUUCGCCUCCCUCCUCAGGUCCACCGCGGCGCCGCGCACCCCGUCCACGCCCGGGUGCCUCUUCAACCGCGCCGCCGCCGCCGCCUACUCCUCGUCCGCCCCCUACAACGGCCAGGGUUUUCCACUUCCUCAGUCUGAAACUGCUUCACGUCUGGGUUUGUUCUCCAGUCCCGGCGACACACGCCAACCUUCAUACGGAGACCGUCUAAUGCAGUCACAACAGCUGAGUCAAGACUACCGUGCUAGGACACAGGCCAAUAAUGCGCCACGUUUUGGUGACACAAUGUCCAGGAUAGCUGGUGGCGAGAACUCUUCCUACUUUGGGACCCCAUCACGCAUCUUUGACGAACACAAACAAUCUUUGGUGAAAGGAAAGAGAGAUUUUGUCCAUGUCUUGCUGAAGAGAAAUAAGACCUUUGUGACCGUGACAGACGUUAGGGGGAACAAAAAGACCGGGGCAUCCGCUGGUUGUUUGGAGGACAGGAAAGGGCGCUCUCGUCUUUCCAAAUAUGCUGCUGAAGCAACUGCAGAACAUGUCGGGCGUGCUGCCAGGAAGAUGGGUUUAAAAUCUGUGGUCAUGAAAGUGAAGGGAACUACAUUUUUCAAUAAGAAGAAGAAAGUGAUCCUGAGCUUUAGAGAAGGCUUUCGGGGUGAAAGAGUAAGGGAGCAAUCUCCUGUGGUGCUCAUCCACGAUGUGACCCAACUUCCACACAACGGAUGCCGACUCCCCAAACAACGCCGGGUUUAGGUCUCAGCGAGCUGGAAUCGAACCUGAGUUGAGAGGAGUCGAAGCAUUCAAGGUGAUCUGGAAGCUCUAUUUAAGCUGUGUGAUGUUGGUCUAGUUGACCUAAGACAGAUAUGUAUUGUUUCUCUUGGCUCUGCUACUUGAAUUGGUUUUGGCAUGACUUAUGUUACUCAGUUAGUUAAGUUAUCAUCAAUUUCGCCACUUCUUUUUAUCAAAUUGCAGAUAGGAACUGAAACCCCAACCGUUGUAUGGUAUGUUAUGACUUAUGAGGAACAUAUAUAUGGUUGAUUCUCCUUCAAUAAAUAGCAAAGCCCUCGCCCCUUUUUCUUGAAA